GCGGGAGCGCGCGGUGGGUAGAAGUACAGAGCAGAGCCGCCGGCUAGGGGCUGGAGAGGCAGGUCUGUGCGCUGCAAGCGUUCAGCAGGCGGAGCUUCGCGUGUGGAGACGCGGCUUCGUAAGGCCGGCGAUCUCGAGAACCUGUUAAGAGUCAGUUCUUAGCGAAAAAGCAUUGAGCCAGGAGCCAGACCCACCUCUUCACUAACUGAUCUUGCGCAAGUCAUCUUACCUCUCUGGAUCUCAGUUGCCUGAUCUGUAAAAAGGAGAUAAAAAUUCUUUACCUGUUUGAAGAUGAAGUGGAGGACUGUCCUACUGCAAUAUUGUUUUCUCUUGGUUACAUGUAUACUUACUGCUCUUGAAGCUGUGCCUAUAGACAUAGACAAGACAAAAGUAGAAAAUGCUCGACCUGUGGACAGUGCAAAGAUAGAACCACCAGAUACUGGACUUUAUUAUGAUGAAUACCUCAAGCAAGUGAUUGAUGUGCUGGAAACAGAUAAUCAUUUCAGAGAAAAGCUCCAGAAAGCAGACAUAGAGGAAAUAAAGAGUGGGAGACUAAGCAAAGAACUGGAUUUAGUAAGUCACCAUGUGAGGACAAAACUUGAUGAACUGAAAAGGCAAGAAGUGGCAAGGUUAAGAAUGCUGAUUAAAGCUAAAUUGGAUUCCGUUCAAGAUACAGGCAUGGACCACCAUGCUCUUUUAAAACAAUUUGAUCAUCUAAAUCACCUGAAUCCUGAGAAGUUUGAAUCUACAGAUUUAGAUAUGCUAAUCAAAGCGGCCACAAGUGAUCUGGAACACUAUGAUAAGGCUCGACAUGAUGAAUUUAAAAAAUAUGAAAUGAUGAAGGAACAUGAAAGGAGAGAAUAUUUAAAAACACUGAAUGAAGAAAAGAGAAAAGAAGAAGAAUCUAAAUUUGAAGAAAUGAAGAGAAAGCAUGAAAAUCAUCCCAAAGUUAAUCAUCCAGGAAGCAAAGAUCAACUAAAAGAAGUGUGGGAAGAGACUGAUGGAUUGGAUCCUAAUGACUUUGACCCCAAGACAUUUUUCAAAUUACAUGAUGUCAAUAGUGAUGGCUUCCUAGAUGAACAAGAAUUAGAAGCCCUAUUUACUAAAGAGUUGGAGAAAGUAUAUGACCCCAAAAAUGAAGAGGAUGAUAUGGUAGAAAUGGAGGAAGAAAGGCUUAGAAUGAGGGAACAUGUAAUGAAUGAGGUUGAUACCAACAAAGACCGAUUGGUGACUCUAGAAGAGUUUUUGAAAGCUACAGAAAAAAAGGAAUUUUUGGAGCCAGAUAGCUGGGAGACAUUGGAUCAACAACAGUUCUUCACAGAGGAAGAACUGAAGGAAUAUGAAAAUAUUAUCUCCAUACAAGAAACUGAACUUAAGAAAAAGGCAAAUGAGCUUCAGAAACAAAAAGAAGAGCUACAACGUCAGCAUGACCAACUUGAGGCUCAGAAGCUGGAAUACCGUCAGGUUUUACAGCAGAUGGAACAAAAAAAAUUACAACAAGAAAUUUCCCCAUCAGUGCCUGGUGGAGAAUCAAAGAUCCAGCCACAUGUUUAAGGAUUGAAGUCUACCAGAACCAGGAAGGAAACAAACUCAAUACCUGCUCUCAUUUUCAUACCUCUUUUCUUUUUCCUUUGUUCUCCUUUAGUGAUUUAAUUAAGUGGCUUUAUGCCAUAAUUUAAUGAAACUAUUAGUAACUAUUUAAGUGAGAAAGCAC